AUGGUGCCAUUUCCGCGCUUGCAUUUCUUCAUGCCUGGCUUCGCUCCUCUCACGUCACGAGGCUCACAACAAUACCGAUCUCUUACCGUACCUGAACUCACACAGCAGAUGUUUGACGCUAAAAAUAUGAUGGCUGCAUGUGAUCCACGACAUGGGCGAUACCUUACGGUAGCCGCAAUGUUCAGAGGCCGGAUGAGUAUGAAGGAGGUUGACGAGCAGAUGCUAAAUGUUCAGAAUAAGAACUCGUCGUAUUUCGUAGAAUGGAUUCCGAAUAACGUCAAAACGGCCGUCUGUGAUAUUCCACCGCGAGGAGUGAAGAUGGCCGCCACUUUCGUCGGUAAUUCGACCGCUAUUCAGGAACUAUUCAAAAGAAUAUCCGAGCAGUUUACGGCCAUGUUCCGACGUAAAGCUUUCCUUCAUUGGUACACCGGUGAGGGCAUGGAUGAAAUGGAAUUCACUGAGGCUGAGUCAAAUAUGAACGAUCUUGUGUCAGAGUAUCAGCAAUACCAGGAGGCGACAGCAGACGACGAAGGCGAAUUUGACGAUCACGACCAGGACGUCGAGGAAUAG